AUGGCUGCUGCGUUUGCGUCGACGGCGGCGGUGUUGAGGUCUGCUCGCCCGGGACGGGUGCCCAUCGCUCGGCGGUGCGUGGUGGCGCGGGCGUUCGCGACGAUGGCGGCACCGGCGGGGCUGGCGGCGGGAAGGACGCACUACGAUGUGCUCGGCGUAAGCGCGGGGGCGAGCAGGGGCGAGAUCAAGGCCGCUUACCGGCGCCUGGCGAGGGUGGUGCACCCGGACACCGGCGGCGGCGGCGGAGACGACGGGUUCAUCCGGCUGCACGCAGCCUACGCCACGCUCGCCGACCCCGAUGAGCGCGCGCGGUACGACCGGGACGUGACCAGCCGCGCCGCGGGGAUGAUGAUGCGGCGGGCGUCGGCGACGACCGGGCCGGCGUUCCGGCGGCGGACGUGGGAGACGGACCAGUGCUGGUAGGACGUACGGCCGGGCAAACGCGGCUGCCUUCUGUGGGCUCUGAGGCUCUGAGCCCCUGACCGGCGGCCGCCCGGUUUGCUCAGGCACGGCGCUGGAGAGAAUGUUCUGCCGACUAUUGUGCUCCGUAAGAUCAGGAUUGGACGGCUACAGCACGCGGGAGCUCUGUACACAGCAUGACAGCAAGAGGCGUUUUUUAGAGAUCUCUUGUGCUUUCGGUCAGAAAAAUGCAAAUGUGUAAAUUAAUUAAUUAACUACUGUAAAUUAACAGCCAAGGAAUAUAUGGUAGUAGCUCUCUUUGUAAUAGAAGAAACUAG